AUGACUCGUAAUAGGAAUAUCACUGUUCAGAUACUAAAGGAGCUUUCAUGGACGGACAGGUUAUUACCUUUGCUCAUCAUCCUUGCGAUGAUGGUGGGUAUCCUAUUAUCUGUAUAUGCUCCAUCAUCAAGAGAUGCCUUUAAUUCCUCUGCAGAAUUGGAAGGUGUGUCGGCACCUUUAGCUGUAGGUUUAAUUGUAAUGAUGGUACCUCCCUUAUGUAAAGUUGAGUGGGAGAACUUACAUGUUUACGCAAGAAGACGUGAGUUCGUGAAUCAGAUUGCCAUCUCAUUAUUCAUAAACUGGAUUGUGGGGCCCUUUGUAAUGUUUGGAUUAGCCUGGUUAACAUUAUUCGAUGAAGAAGAAUACCGUACUGGGAUAAUUAUGAUCGGCUUGGCCAGAUGUAUUGCAAUGGUGCUAGUAUGGAAUGAAAUAGCCCAAGGUGACAACACCUUAUGCGCUAUUACUGUCUUGAUUAACAGUUUGUUGCAAAUAGUUUUGUAUGCACCUUAUCAAAUAUUUUUCUGUUAUGUGAUAACUGGAUCUCUGCUGUCUGCUGGUUCUAGUAUUGGUGUGACAUACCCAUUAGUUGCUAAAAGUGUAGCGGUUUUCUUGGGCGUACCACUAGGUUUUGGAGUCUUAAUUAGACUUCUUGGUAUACAAUUACUUGGCAUGAAAAGAUAUCAGGAACGUCUAAUUCCUUACAUUGGCCCAUGGGCUUUAAUUGGUCUCUUAUAUACAAUCAUCGUUAUAUUUAUUGCUAAAGGUGAUGACUUCAUUAAAAACAUUGGUUCUGCAUUCAGAUGUUUUGUGCCGUUGAUUGUUUACUUCCUUAUUAUGUGGUUUGGAACAUUCUUCUUCAUGAGAUUUAUGUCGAAUUAUUUAUACACUCGUCAAGCAAAAACUCUCUCCAAAGAAAAAGAAGAAAAGGAACCUUUGGUAUGUGGCUGUGAGAAGGAAGAAGGAAAGUGGAAUGCAAAGCAAUGUAGUGCAAACUAUGCAGAAACAAUUACUCAAACGUUCACUGCUGCAUCGAAUAACUUCGAGUUGAGUCUUGCUAUAGCAAUUUCAAUCUAUGGAUCUGGUAGCAAACAAGCCAUUGCUGCAACUUUUGGGCCUUUAUUGGAAGUUCCAAUACUACUUAUUUUGACAUAUGUCGCUAGAAUUUUCCAAGAAAAAUUUCUUUGGGUCGACAAGGAAAGAGAGAGUGAUGAGAUUGAGUAG